ACGUCAACCAUACGUUUCUUUGAAUCAUCACUCGAGUUCGCGGAAAGAAUUUCUCACUACACAUUUUUGGUGUUUUUAAUUCGAUUCAUUGAUCUAAAGUUUUAUAAAGUUUAUUUUUCUAGUUUAAAUAUUUAUCAUGCAGGACCCAAAUGAAGAUUCAGAAUGGAAUGAUGUUUUAAGACAAAAAGGAAUUUUACCUCCAAAACCCAAAGAAAAAGAAAUAACAGAAGAUGACAUCGUUAAUAUGCUUGAAAAGACGAUUCAAGAGAAAGCUGGAAACAACAGAGAUCUUGAACAACUCGAUCUCGAUGAGCUUGAUGAGUUGGAAGAUAGCGAAGAUGAAGCGAUUUUGAUGGAGUUCAGGAACAAGAGAAUUGCUGAAAUGAAAGAACUCGCAAGUCGCUCCAAAUUCGGGUCAGUUCGUGAAAUUACUGGUGAAGAAUAUAUUAAUGAAGUGAACAAAGCUGGAGAAGAUAUUUGGGUGAUAUUGCACCUUUAUGCAAAGGGCAUUCCUUUCUGUUCAUUACUCAAUCAAUUUUUCACCGAACUCGCAAUGAAAUUUCCAACAGUGAAAUUUCUCAAAUCGAUUGCACAAACCUGCAUCCCAAACUUCCCGGAGAAAAAUUUACCAGCAAUUUUCAUCUAUCACAACGGCCAAAUUAAAAAGCAAUUUUUGGGUGCUUUGGAAUUAAGAGGACCAAAUCUCACAAAAGAUGAAUUAGAAUUUUUAUUGGGAAAAGUCGGUGCAAUCAACACAGAAAUUAAAGACGAUCCAAGACCCGUCGUUACUGACAAGCUUUUCAGAGAUUUAGCUGAAAAUAAUGACUGGUAGAAGAAUCAAAUUUUAAAAAUAUUUUAUACAAAAUAAGUGAAAUAAACACAAACCAUUUGUCUACUA